GUACAAAUCACAUAACAAUAUUAUAGUAAAAUUAGAAUUAUUAUUGGCUAAUAGACGAGCCAUUUAGAACUACGACUUUUAGUUUUCUCAUCCCUGCGCCUAUUUUACAACGAUGCUCUCGCAUUUUCAUCACCGCCACCUCCUCCUGUACUGUCAUGUGACGAGCAGGAUUUAUACACCGCUUUGCCGGAGAAAAAUCAAACCUCGACCAAUCACAGCUCGAGGUGGGCGUGUCCGUUUCUUCACAUUUGACAGCCGCGGUCUCGGCUGCGCAUGACGUCACCCGCUGCCCCGCGCUCCGGCAGAAACGCGCAAAGAUGCUCUGAAAGCAAGACUGCAGCAUCUCCGAGUCAGAGCCUACAAAAACAUCGCAUCUCCUCCAAGCGCUCGUCCAGCGCUUCGUCGCCGUCCAGGGUCUGCCCACCUGCAUGCGGGAUCCGCUGUUUUUUUUGUCUCUCUCUCGCCUCUUGUACAUUUCCCGUUGCUAUUUAUUAUCCGCGCGCAUCUUCCCAGUUUUUUUUUAAAAGUAGUGAAUCCUAUAAGUUCCGCUGACCGCUGAGGUCAUAUAUUGUUUCCAGCAGGAGAGCGCCGUCGCAGAGCCACGAGCGAGGACGUUUCCCCACAUCACUUGUUAUUAAUAUCAGCCUGAGCAUAAUCGAGCCACUGGAUAUCGAUGCGUCUUUCGUUCAGUAUCUAGGCUGCUACGGAGGAUCGACGCACCCCAAACAUUCAUAUCAUCGUGGUUUCACAUUUAGAAACGACCAUAUCUGCGUACCGCGUCUAGGGAAAACGAGCGCGAGCCUAAAGCUUCUUUAUAAAAAAUGAUGGCCGGUGGGGCAGUGCAGCAAAACGGGAUUUUCUCCAAUCCGCAUCAUCACAAUCAACAGCCGCACAUGGAGUCUGAUCCCCCCGAUUCCCGCAAAAGACCCCUGGAGACCCCGACGGAGGCCAGCAGCACCAAACGCACAAACACAGGAGAGAGAUGCAACCAAGCGGCCAUCCAUGAUCCACCAUUUUCAUCAGAUUUUGUCGGAUUUCACGAGGAAGGCGAAUAUUUCUUGAAGGUGCUGAUUCCAAGCUAUGCCGCAGGCUCCAUUAUUGGCAAGGGUGGUCAGACUAUUGUCCAGCUACAGAAAGAGACAGGGGCCACCAUCAAGCUGUCCAAAUCCAAAGACUUCUACCCGGGAACAACAGAGCGUGUCUGCUUGAUUCAGGGCACUGUAGAGGCGCUGAACAGUGUCCAUGACUUCAUCGCAGAGAAGGUGCGGGAGAUGCCUCAGAGCGCUCAGAAAACAGAGCCGGUUAGCAUACUUCAGCCACAGACCACCGUCAACCCUGACCGUGUCAAACAGGCCAAGCUCAUAGUGCCCAACAGCACGGCAGGGCUGAUCAUCGGCAAGGGCGGAGCCACGGUGAAGGCCGUCAUGGAGCAGUCGGGCGCCUGGGUCCAGCUCUCACAGAAACCAGAAGGCAUCAACUUGCAGGAACGCGUUGUCACCAUCAGCGGAGAGCCUGAGCAGAACCGCAAGGCCGUGGAGAUCAUUGUGCAGAAGAUCCAGGAGGACCCACAGAGCAGCAGCUGUCUGAACAUCAGCUACUCCAACAUCUCUGGCCCCGUGGCCAACUCCAACCCCACCGGUUCCCCGUACGCCAACUCGGCAGAGGUGAUGCCGGCUGCUGCAGCAGCAGCAGCGGCCACAGCCUCCAGUCUCCUAGGGCAGGCCAGUCUGGCAGGUGUGGGCGCUUUCCCCACCACCAUGUCCAGCUUCUCAGGGAAUGACCUGCUGGCUAUCACAUCUGCGCUAAACACGUUAGCCAGCUACGGAUACAAUACCAACUCCCUGGGCCUAGGGCUCAACCCUGCGGCUGCCUCAGGGGUCCUCGCCGCUGUGGCUGCAAGCGCCAACCCCGCCGCAGCUGCGGCCGCUAACCUGCUAGCCUCAUACGCCAAUGACGCAUCCACCAGCUCCGGCCACCCUGCGACCAGCCUGGGAGGCUUCACGCUAGGCUCGCUCGCUGCCGCCACCGGAGCCACCAAUGGCUACCUGAGCGCCGCUUCCCCGCUGGUGGCGAGCUCCCUGCUGGCCACCGAGAAGCUGACCGAGGGGGCCAAAGAUGUGGUGGAGAUUGCUGUGCCGGAGAACUUGGUGGGCGCCAUUUUGGGGAAGGGAGGCAAAACGCUUGUGGAGUACCAAGAACUGACGGGAGCCCGCAUUCAGAUCUCCAAAAAGGGAGAGUUUGUUCCUGGCACCAGAAACCGUAAAGUUACCAUUACUGGAUCGCCAGCCGCCACACAGGCAGCCCAAUAUCUUAUCAGCCAGCGAAUCACAUACGAGCAGGGUGUGAGGGCCACCAAUCCGCAGAAGGUGGGCUAAAAACAGGGAGUAUGAAAAAAGGAGAGAAAAAGAGUGGGGGAUGGGGAAGAUACAGAGAAAGAUGGAGGGCGCGAAUAUCGACGAAAAUUGCCCACAUUCUUUGUGGGAAAAAUCUCAGUAUUAAAAAAAAAAAUGGAAAGAAAUCCUCUCAAAGUGGAAAAUUUGAAACAGAAAAAUGUGUAAAAUGUAAAUAUGGGUUUAAUCCUUAAGUUCGGGAUUUUUAUUGGUUGAUUUUGUUUUGUUUUUCUUUUGUUUUUGUUUUUUUUGUGCAUUUUCUGGACAGCAGUGAAUGGCAUUUCAACCUGGCAUGCUGCCGCGCUGCAGUUCCCAGCAGGUGGGCAAGGUGGUCGGAUGGGGGACAAUGGGGUGGAGCAAUCCCAGGAAUCGGCCCUUCCCCACCCCCAUCCCCUCCUAGCUGACAGAUUUUUGUUCUUUAAUUUUUUAGUCCUUAGUUUUAACUCCCACCCUUUCGCCCAUGCCUUCUCUUUAAGAGGGCCUGAGACUGAUUAUUUACCCCCAGUCUGUGACACCCCAUACCCCACCCCAGCCCCUCGCCCCAGCCCUCUCAAUCCCAGCCGGCCCGACCCUGCUCCGCGAACGGGCAGGAUAGGGCAGGGGAUACGAGGCUGCUGCAGGGUCUCUCAGCGCCACUAGACAUUGACCUGGGGUUCCAGUUGGACCAGGUGCAUGCCACUACAGAUGUUGUUAGCAUAAGGGAAGCUUGUAGAUCAUGUUGCGGACAUAGGCCAGGACGCAAAACGCACCUGAAUCUUUCGUACCAGAGCUCCUAGAAAAUUGUGGCAUUCGUCUAUGGGAUUUGAGGUCUGGUGUUUAUACAAAUACUAUUAUCAUUAUUAUUAUUAUUAUUACUACUACUAUUAUUAUUAUUACAAAUUAUCAUCACCAUCAACGUUAUUUAUUAAUAUGAUUUCACCCAUAAGGACUGAGGUAUUUCCUUUUGUUUUUCUUAAUCUGUGAAUUCAGGUUGACAUGAAUGUAAAGACAAUAUUUUGGAUUUAGUUUUUUAUUUAAGUAGAUUGAAUCGUGUGUCCAUGUAAUAUAUGUCUUAUUUAACGUCCAGUGAUAACUGCACCGUCGGCACCAACAGAGAGAAUAGGGGCAGAUGUACUGUACAGUGAUAUUAAUACAAACACACACACUCAGCAAACUAUUACCAGAUUUAAACGCUGAAAAUGCAACUAAACAUACGCAGACUUGAAAUCACACCGGGACUAGACAAUUUAUUCACAUAUCUACUGAAAGAGAAUGUAGGUCUUUGCACAAGUCCAAGGGAGUGUCAGAAUACGACUUUAUAUGAAAGCCAAUCUUUUUCUGUAACGUCCCAAAACAUAUCCCCAUCUUUACUCAGUGCUGCCCCUCUGCAGCGUGAGAGAUUGUGCACUUUGAGCCGCUGCAGUCGAAUAUCUGCGCAAAUCUGCUGGAAAAUUUGCGUAGAUAUUCCACAUCAAGUCAGAAAUUGGCCCUCAGAGCUCUGAGGCGUUUCAUGAACAACAUACUACUGAACGACUAUGAACAAAUUCUGAUCUGCACAGGCUGCUCUGUAACAUGGAAGCCCCAGGUUGUCUGUUCUAUAACAGUUUUUUUAAUAUACGAGUCACCAGUAAAUUCAAUCCAAGAACGGCCGCCAGUGUGAAGAUCGUCCUGUGCAGAUCUGAACUACCCAUGUGCGACUUAUGUGCUGCUAAUAAGGUCCUAUUUCCUUUUUGUUUUUGAAUCUGAGUACACUGAAUUUCGUCUUAAUGCACUGUGAAGUGUGGAGGCCGUGAUGGAAGGCCAAAAAAAAGUCAGGGUUUCUAUAUCGUUAUUGCAUUGAUGCAUCACCAUGAUGGAAUGUACUCAUGUGGAACGUCUCAUAUUUAUAACAACCUACAUGGAGUCAAGGUAUCGCUUACCGUAGGGCGGAAAGGAAGCCUGGAUGGUUUGUUAGGUUGAGGUCAGACUCUUCGGACCAGUUUUUUGGCAUCAUGUUGCAGUAUCCAACCUUAACUUUCCAAGUGUGCACUAACUACCCGCCAGCUGACUGUAUAUUUAUCGUGAAGGGGCAGAGGAUGGUAUAUUCUGUACGUUUAAACUCGAGGUGUCCUCCGAAAUGAUUCUGUGUCUAAACAACGACAUAUUGAUUCUUUUCCCGGCUGGAAUGAGCUUAAAAAUACCAAACUGCUCCUUAUUAUCAAGACUUUAGGCCAGAGAGCAUUUCCCAAAGAAGAAUUAGACCAACAGAAAAAGACAGAGUUUGUGCUCUCUCUCUCCCAAUGACUAAAGUUAUGAUUCUUUCCUCUCCUUUGCUAUUGGAGCACCAGGGAGAGUAAAUCUGAACCGAUUGGUAAGGAGGCUUCUUUAUUCUCAUCUAAAAACCAUCACCUCCCCUCACCUCUUCUCAACACCCCUUUUUACCUUCGUGCACCCCCAUUCUGACACAUCAACCCAGAGACCCCCUUUUCUCUCACAUCUCUCCAUGGGUGGCGAUGUCUGGUGUAACAGUGCAUGUCUGCUUGCCCUUUCACAAAACAAUGAACGUCGCGAAAGGGAAGAUGCGCCUACAGAGUAGAACUAGAAGCUUGCAGUAGAUCACGAUUGCGCACAUCACACCUUCAAAAAGGGACCUAAUACGAGCCAUCCAUGUGUUUGUAUGGUGUGCAUGUGUGUGUAAAUGCGUGAUAAGUUUGGAUAAAUAUGAAUGUGUUUAGCAGUUGCGUCCAAGGUGAGGAGGUCUGAAACAGCAAUGACUCCAGGUACUCUACUAGAAGAUAGUUGCACGUUUUUGUUGAGGUGCAAUUUUCAAACAAUAUGACGUAAUAGUUCAGAUUUGAAGAUGAGGAAGCGAUGGCAAUCGAGCGCCUCCGCAUUUUAGAGUGCAUCUGUGUGUUCGGUUUUACCCAUGAUGCAGUACUUCAUCAGACACUUCAGAGCUUGAACGAGUCUCGGUAGAUCCCCCAGAAAUUUUUUUUUCUUGUUUAAAAAAAGCGGUUACAUCACCGUUUGAUUUAAGACACAUUAAAAGCAAGAUAUUACUGUGACAAUUCAAUGUGAAAACUAUAAAAAGGUGCCAACAUAGUGUCAAGGAGCAGCUUUCUGUUUUGUUGUUUUUGUAUUCAGUACUGAAAGUACAUAUGGGAGGGGGUCUCGGUUUUUUUAUUUUGUUUUUUGUUAGUAACUGGGAAAAUAGAUCAAAUGUGAUGAGUACUGAAAGCAAUAUACGUAGUAGCAUGUCGUCAUGUCUUGUCCUUUUAUUCUGUCUGUGUAGGAGCUUUGGAUUUACCUAGAUGUUGAGUAGAUUUGCAUAUACUAUUUUUUAAGUUGUGAAGAUGCUGCUAUUGAAUAAGUGAUGUACUAAAAUUUAAGAUUAAAAAACAUAUCUGGUCAGUCAUUUAGCAGGAUGUGGUAGUUGUAAGAGGUGUAACUAAAUGCUACAUUGAUAACGAAAUAAUUGCUAUAUCAAUGGAUUAAAUAAACCUGUGCCAAAAUAGAUCUUUACAGAUUUAAAUGUGAUUUAAACACCAUUAGUUAAGAGCAGACAUACUUUUGUAAUUUAAAAAAAAGAAAAAAAAUGUGAAAAGUGCCAAACAAGCCACAGUUAAGAUAUAACUAGCGGGGGUAAAGUGACUAGAGAAGCAAAAAAAAUAGACAUUAGCACUAUAAGGUUUUCUGCCCCCUUAAACUAACUAGUCCUUGUUAAAAAAGAAGGGUGGGAUUCAUCUCGUAGGCCAAACAAAAGCAGGGUGCCAUGUGGCCAUUAACACACAUCCCCUGGGGCUAGAAGACUGCCGAGUUAGCUUAGCAUGGUUAAAGUUUUAUAAGUUAUCAGCAUUCUUAAGUCAGCCUUUUAUAGUUCUGAAAAUGUAUUUUGUGAAGAUAGAUGUUAUCUUUUUUGCACGUCGAUAUUGCAUGAUACCAAGUGAAGCGUGGAUUUAAAAAAAAAAGUGAAGACAAAAAAUUGUACAAAAAAAAAAAAACAAUUAGGCAAUGUGCAUUCAUUUUGAGGACAAAUCUUUGCAUGGCAACAACAGUUCGAGCUAUUAAAUUAGCUUUUUUCACAUUUUUACCUUUUUAUUUUUAGUUUUGCUAAGACCAAGCUGGAGUUUUUGUUGUCCAUGAAAACUAGGCCACAGAAACCAAAUCCAUUCAUAGUCAUGGUCAUAUUCAGCGUCAUAACUAUAGCACUCAUUUUGUACAGACUUAUCAAUGUUUUGUGAUAAUUUCUAAGAAAAAUAACGGGAAAAGUUGGGUAAUGGAGGGUUAAUUUAGCGACAUUAACAUGGUCGUGAAUGUAUUCACCACUACAUAAGUUUGCAUAUCACUCUUUCGAUCAUGAUUUUAGGGCUUGUGUUUGCUGUGUCAGUACUAACAUCAUUAGGCUUCUGUUCUUUAGCUUGUUCUGCCAUCACUGCACAUUAAGCUUGACUCAUUCUCGCGAGAAUAUGCACUUUAUACUUCUCUUACGCUUCACGCCACCCCUGAUAAGAGCAGCCCUGUUUCCGCUAAACUGCUUGAAUCCUUUACCUCAGACCUCCACGAUUAAAGGAAAGGGGCGGGACUUCCCGAUGACGUCAUAAUGCAAUGAUGCGGCACUACUGUUUGCAUGAGAAAGAAUUGGCCAGAUGUUCGAAGCUGACCAAAAAUGGCAGAAUAGUUUUUACAGAAAUCGUUAUUUUGACAGUGUUUUUUAUUCUUACUGUUAAUGAUAAUAAGUGCCAAAAAGGGCAUGUCUGAUAUCAUGAAUAUUGUUUCUCUCUCUCUCUCUCUCUCUCUCUCUCAAUUUCAACGUCAAAAUUGCACUGUGCUUAGUCAUAGUUGCUAUGUUUUCAUGCUUAGAGGACACGACGCAGUUGUGUUUUUGUGCAGUCGAGAUGAAUGCAAACUUAUGGUUUAGCUGAGGUCGAGAAGGUCAUUGCUUUUAUGUGGGCGCAUGGCUAGAGCUCGUCGCUCUUCCCAAACCCCACACGCCCCAGUCCAAACCCCACCCCCACGCCAUCAGAAGACGACAGCCCGGGGUCACUCUUGAGCUCGUACCCAUUGAAGCACCAGCAAUGUUAGAAUACAUUUGUCAUAUCACUGUUCUGUUCUCUUUUUUAUUUUCCUGUUUUUAUUUGUACGACACUCUCUAACCUAGACCAAGUAUAACAAAAAUGUCAUUCAUAUGUAUCCUGUUUACUCUCCCUUUUUCUCCCUUUUGCACUUUCACUGCUCCCCUUUUUUCCAACCACUCCCCACUCUUCUGCCGACCUCCCCCUCACACCCUCCCAGACUUUCUCCUGAGUGCCAAACAAAAACAGUACCAUUCCAAACUUUUUGAGUUCUCUUGUAUGUUGGACAUCCAUUGGACGCACCCAUGAAGCCAGCAUGUUUCUCCAUAACAUGAUGUCAGUCAUGACGCCUCAACAUUACCCAAAAAGCGAGCAGUAAAAGCAAGACCUGGAUUAACACGGUAAAAACACGGCUGGCUACCUCUCAUAAACUGCUUUUCCUAAUUCUGUCAUCUCUUCAACCUCCAGGACAUCACUGAUUGUGUGCCAUAAUGUUGGGGGGCACUGUCACUCUCCUCACCCCCCGAGUCUCUCCAUUUGAUUUUCUCGAUGGAAAACAUUAAGAAAAACAAAACAAAAAAAAUCCAUUUUAAUGGCAGGUUUCUUUUUGUUCCUUUAGCAUAAAAACAUGCUCAAAAAAGCUGAGGAGUGUGUAAACGUCAGCCGUGCAGCCAUCUUCUGUCUUCUGAACUUUGAACUUCUCACCCCUCAUGAACUUUAUUGACCUUCUUCCUCCCCUUCUAUGUUCAUCAACUGUUUGGACUUAAAAUCUCCAUUCCAUCUCCAAACCUUUUUGAGACUGUGCAAUUCUAGUUGAGAUGAUUGGAUUUAUUUCUCUUUUUUUAAGUCAUCAUUGGGGACGAAAAAAAUCAUAAUAAUAAAAAAAGACACACAAAAGAAAGAAAAAAAAAUCAAUAAGAUCCAAACUGUUUCCUCCACAAUUUCAUUAUUUUCUCUCAUUGUAAAUAUCUGUCAGAUUUGGUUGAACUGUAACCAGAAACGUGUUCAACGUAAUGGGGCUGGCAGCAUAAAAUCGCUUUUGUGGAGUGCUCCUACGAGCCGCCGAUAGGAAGUUGAACUAAACUAAACUAAAGCAGCUUCAAGAAAGAAUGAUUCGGUACUGCUAUCAACAAUUGAACACGGUGGUCACAAAGCCACUCGAGAAGUACCGAGACCAUCAGGUGGUCAAAAUCCAGAUCCGGCCCCUCCACAUAAUGCAUAAUCACUACUAACCGCCAAGGUAGACUAAGAUUAGUGUAGGUUUCAUACUUGAACUGAUGGUAGUUGCUAAUCUCAUUGUACAUAUCAGACGUGUCGAGUGUAAAUUGUGAUACGUGUCGAUUAGGUGUCCUGAUCAUUGCAGCAUCUGUUCACGAGACAAAAUUGUUUCUCUGUGAUGCCGAACGAUCAUUUUCAUGCGUCUCAACCAUGCUUGAGCUCCACAUCUAAUGUUUCUAUGCUGCCAGCUUUGUUUUCUGAUAACCCUUCAUGAGCUUAUUUAUUUUCAAACUACUAUACACUAUUAAUAAAUGGCAUCAAGAAACUAGACAAAAGGGAAUGACUGGAAAGAUGAAUUACUGUUUUUGUUUUUAGUAUUUUAGUGGUUUCUUUUAACAUCAUCCAUUAACUGACUUAAAAAAGUAUUAAAUAUUUAAUGUAACUGUAGCAUUGUGUUUGUACAAAAAAAUAGUGAGUUGUGUUUCUUGACUUGUGGAUUACCAGUGAAGUCAGCAAUUUAGUGCUAAUAUCUAUUAAGUCGUUCCUUUUCUUUUUCUCUUUUUCUUUUUUUAUUUAAGGGUUAUUAUUUUCCGACAGCAACAGCAGUCAUUAUAAAUGUUCAUUUUACCAUCACCUGUCUUCUGUUGUCUUAUUCUUCACCUCCCACUACACUCAGUUUCAUCAAAUAACACAUUGCAAGUUCGUGCCUGAAACCAUGUGCUCGGUCUUGGGGGAGGGGCCAUGCUGCGUGAGUGAUGCGAGCGAACGAACGAACGAAUGCGACUGCUUGUGAGAGGCUUGGCCGGGUGGGUGUUAUGUCUUCUGUCCACCUAAAGCUAAAAUCUGUUUGGUUUCCAUUUACCAAUGGAACCUGCUGAUGUUAUAGCUCAAUCCCAUCAUGUAAGCCUAGUUGAUUUUGAUCGUCCAUAACUCCCCCUCCUCCGUUUGCCAACCACUUUCCACCACUACCUUUACCCUCCCCCCUUACGAGCCAUUCCCUCGCCACGCACCUCCCACGCCAUGUGAUGUUCUCCAUCGAUAACAUACUACUCGACCAGACCCACAUUAACUCUGUUCUCAUGCCUGCAGAGGAGGCGGUUGCCAGUCAACUCGCCCUCCGCUCAUGAUCCGCCACCAUCCCUUAUACCGGCUGCCAGGGCCAGGUUCAAAUUAUUAAAUAAUUGCUAAUUUAAAAAAAAAAAAAAGUUAAAAAAGAAAAAAAAAACGAAAAAAAAAAAAAACAGACAAGUGACUCUCAGGGUGUUUACGUAAUCUACCUUACUCUGUGAACUCACAGAACCGCAACCCAGCUCUCCCUCAAGCUUUUUAAGGAGCCCAAAGACAAUUUACCAUGUACGAUCGCUAAUCAAGUCUUCUUCAAGAAAAAAAAAAAGACAACAACAACUGAAUGAUAUGCACCCAAUUAAAGGAGCAAGCAAAAUGCUGUAAUGUUUACAAUUUAACGAGACCAACGCUGUUGAAAGAAUGUGUAGGAGUUCAAAGACAAUUCUUUAAUAAUUACGUCAUUACGAAGUGACUUCAUUUUAAAUGAUAAUUUCUAUGUGACAUGGAGUUAUGUGUUAACUGAGGCAUUUUGGAAACAUUGCAUGUUCCUCUUUUUUGCAAUGACUUACAUUUUUUUAAAUGUCAGAAUGGCUGGUACAGUGUAAAGUUAGAGCUACGUUUAGUUGCUAAUAAUAAACUACAUUGAUGUCAGUGUUCAUCUCACAUAUCUUGGAGAAAGGUACCGGACUGCGGUCCGAAAAGAAAAAAAAAUUCAUGUGAUUGCGUUACUGUAUAGAAUUUGUUCAUAUUUGUAUAUGGUGACAGUGAAAAUAAAGGAUGUACUGGAAGUAUCAGGGA